UUUGGAAUGUUCCCUGCACCCAAAAAGAUUGUAAACUGAGGUGACAAAAAGUGGGCGGUGGUCAAUCAUGAACCAUGAAUCAUGAAUCAUGAAUAUGCAGGUCCCCUGAUUCUUGACCCCUCGAGGCAAUGCCUCUACGCUGAUGUAAAACAGGUUCAGUCUCACCGACAAAUAAACGAAAUUUACUAAAGCAAGAUUUAUCCAGUAUUCUGGAGCUCAUCACAUGGCGUAGAUUAUGGCGCUGUUGCUCAUCCUUCGAUAAGAAAUGACCGCAGCUUCGAUCUCGCGAGACAGCCUACUAAUCAUGCGAUCGAGAUUUCGACUGUGGAAGUAUAACGAUAAAUUUAGUACGGCUCAGAAUGAUUCCAUACUAACCUCUGGUACUUCAUCCAAGGUAGCGGGGGUUGGUUACCAAGAAGGCAAGUCUGACAUGAUUGAUGGUAAGAAUUACCACGGAAUGAACACAACCGAAAGUUAGUAGGUAAAGAAUUGGUCCCCGGAGUCUUUGAGUUCCUGCACAGUGUGGCAGUCAGAGACACACCGAUUUCUUCACAACCAUUUUGUUGGUGCAAGUGCACUAGGUUGAAUAGAAAGUGGAUACUUCCGGGUGAAUGCCCCGGUCAAUGGAGGCCGAUCGCUCUUUCCUGCGUCGCAGGUAAU